AUCUUUGUGAGUUGAAACCCCAACAUAACUUUUCUCCAUUUUCCAAUCAACUUUCAUCGGACGCUAUCUUGUAAAUUCCACCCAAAGUUCGUAGCAAAUUCAAUCAAUCACUCAAAUGACAAACGCCCGAACUCUCUAAUUUCUCCUAAUUGUAAUUCUGAACCUUCGAUUUCUUAUUCUUGUGAGAUUUUUUUGAAAUAAAUUAUGCCCUAAUUUGAUUGUAUGUUGGCUCGAGUUACUGCGGAUUGUCGUGUGUGUGUACUUGGGCUUAUGUAUUCGUUGAUGUAUAGAUUAAGGAGGGGUAUUUUUGAUCAAUUAGGACGAGGAUCGGGGAGGGGAAUAUCAUUUGAAAGGGGAUUUGGGGGUUCUUAGAUUUUUUGAGGGAUCUUUUACUUGCAAAGUUAAAUUUUUGAAAUUCACGGAAAAAUCUUUUAUUUCAAGUGUUUGUUGUAUUUUUCGCCUAUAUUUCCCCUUUAAUUAUGAAUCAAGAUAUUUUCUUUUUUGAUUUUUACAGUCUUCUGGCUAAAGAUAUUUAUUUUUAAAACUUGGUGAGUGUGCGAUGGUUUAGCGGUGUGCUUUUUGAUUCUAUGCAAUUUAAUUUAAAUACUUUCUAAUAAUUUGUUUGACUUUUACUAGGAAAGGCUUGUUUGGCUUAUCAUUUUUCUGAUGAUUUUGGAUACUCUGGAUUCUGCAUUUCUGAAUGUCAAAAGCAUAAGAGGGUUUCUAAUAAUCUGUUGACAAGAGGCUUUUGUGGCAAUUAUGUUUAUGUUGUUAUUCAGUGUUAAAAUGAAGCUUUUUAAUGCUUCACUGUGUGAUUUAAUGUUGUUCUGUAUUGGAUUUUGGGUCCGCUUUGUGGCAUCUGUUGUGUCUAUGAGAUUUGGUACACGGCCCCUUAUUUUCUGUUUGAUUAUCGAGUCGGAUGUUAUGCAAAUGACCAUUUUCUGUUCCACAAUACAACUGCAGGUUGUGGGACUCAUUGAUGACUGUUGCUCAAGAAUUAAUCAAUACUUCUUUACUUGAGGCCCUAUUACUUCGAGAUUAUAAGCGUUACUGAAAUUUAUUUAUUAAAUGCUGCUGAUGGGUUGCCAGCCAAUAUGCUAUAAAGUUGAGUAAAGAUACUGUAUUUUUUCAUUUGCUAAGUCCGAUCCAGUGUUAUAGUGAUUCAGACGUUGCCGUAAGGGAGAAAAUCUCAGAAUCCUUUUGUGGUGAGUUAAAUACAAUAGGUGAUAAUAUUGUGUUGCUAUAACCUUGAUGUAUUAAGAUUGUUUGUUACCUGAAUGCAGCUUUCUAGUUGUUUAUGUUUAUGUCAUGAGAUUGAAUUGCCUUUCUUUUUGUGUGAAUGUCAUCAACACUCGUGUUACUAUAUCUGGGAUAACUUUGUGGUUUGUCCAAGUGGCUGUUUAAUAUGCACUGCCAGCUUGGAAUAGGGGAGUGAGAAGCAGUUGUGCAUUCUUGUCAUGUCCAUUUACAGCGGAUUGUGUUGGGGAAUAAUAACUGUUCCCUGUUGCACCAAUAGAUCUGGAAGUUACUGCAUGACUUCUAUUAUGAUCAAGAUGGCCAGUAGGAAACGAAGCUUGUCAAAUGAUGCAGAUGUUUCUGCUCUGUACAAGGAAUUGGAUGAAGCCUCAUGUCCCAUAUGCAUGGACCACCCACAUAAUGCUGUUCUUCUCAUUUGCAGUUCCCAUGAUAAGGGAUGUCGAUCAUACAUAUGUGACACUAGUUAUCGGCAUUCAAAUUGCUUAGAUCGAUUCAGAAAGCUCAGAGAAGAAAACAAGGACAUUUUGCACUCGAGAACUUCUGGUGACUUGACUGUGGAGACCGGGGAGGAUACAAAUCACAUUCAGAUUUUAAGUAACACUGCAGCAACCAUGGGUCUGCCUGGGGGAUCCGGGAGCACCCAAGAUGAAAAUUCUAACUUUGAAGAACAAGGAACAUUAUGGGGAAGGCUUGAUCUUGGGGAAACUGACAUGGAGAAAUCAGAACCUAUAUCGAAUUUGAGUUGCCCUUUAUGUCGUGGGAGUGUUUUGGGCUGGAAAGUUGUAGAAGAGGCCAGGAAGUACCUCAACCUAAAGUCUCGGAGUUGCUCUCGUGAAUCUUGCUCAUUCCUUGGUAACUAUAGGGAGUUACGCCGGCAUGCUAGAAGAGUUCAUCCAACUGUCCGUCCUGCUGAUGUUGACCCAACAAGACAACAAGCUUGGCAGCGCUUUGAAGACCAAAGAGAAUACAGUGAUAUUGUUAGUGCCAUUCGCUCAGCCAUUCCAGGUGCUGAAGUACUCGGCGACUAUGUAAUUGAGAAUGGAGAUAGGGUAUCAGGUGAAAGGGAAAGAGGUGAAGGUGGCCGGUGGUUAAGCACCUUCUUCUUGUUUCAGAUGAUUAGCUCAAUGGAACCAGGAGGGGAGCUAAGGGGUGGCAGGUCAAGAGCUUUUGCAAGGCAUAGGCGCCCUACUGGAACCUUUUCUAGGCGCCGUUAUUUGUGGGGUGAGAAUUUAUUGGGCCUCCAAGAUGACGAUGAGGAUGAUGAUGGUGAUGACGAACCGGACCCAAACAUUUUAAGCAAUGUUGAUGAAGAUGUUCCUCCAAAUCCAAGACGACGUCGACGACUGACACGUGCUCGAUCGCAUGAAGACCAGCAAUAGGUUGUUGGCAGAAGGAUUUGGUUCCCUCUUGAUAACGAGCAUGUUAGACCAGUCAGGAAUGAAGUUGCUGAAAUCUCCAGAGACAGAAUUUGAUGGAUUGGGGCGAAUGGAGAGACAAUCUAGGAUUUGUUUGCAGGUUGUUCCUUCAAUAGGAAGAUGGUGAAAAUAAUUGCAGCUGGUCUGUUUAGUUUCUGUGGCUUAUCCCCAGAAAUAUGUAAAAAAUUGCUUUAUCUUAUGUUGGAUGUCUGAUCAUUGUUAAGCCUUGUGAAAUUCUAUGUACUCUGUUUACAUGUUAUGUUGGAUAUUCAGUAUUCACUGUUCAGCAUCUUUCAUUUUGAUCCAAUAGUAAGAUAUAUACUCGA